UUCGAUGGGGGAAAGUAGGACGACGACCACCACCAUUAUACAAGACAAAUAUGAACAAUAUGGUCCUGGUGCAAAGUUGCUUUACAAGUGUGGUUGGCAACAAGGUCAGAAACUUGGUAAAUUUGAACAAGGUCUGUCGAAACCUAUAUCAGUAAUCAAACGACAAGAUCGAGUUGGUUUGGGAGCGGAGCAAAAAACAGUUUGGAACGACUUGUGGUGGGAAAGAUACCUCUCGGAAGCAAUCAACAAGAAUCUGGAACGUUUUGAGAAAUCUGACAAAGAAGAAAAAGAAGAAUUGUCAAAGGAGCAGUUGCCUUUAAGGAACAAGCAGAGAAAGAAUAAGAAUACGCUUUUGAAAAAAAGAAAAGUUUCCAAGAAAGAUAACAACAAAGAGCGAAAGAUUCACAAACGUCGAGGCAGUUGAGGUUAUCUAAAGUGCUCAAACUUUUUGCCUUGUCUGUUUCCUUUCAAAUGUUGCUCAAAGUUCGUAAAAUGUUCAUAAUGAAAGUUUGAUAUAGCUAUAUAUGAUCUAGAUAAUCCAACAAGUACAAGAAAUCGUUGAAAUAAAAACACGAGUAAGACAACUUGAGUAUCAUCUUGUUGAA